AAGCAGACAAUUCAAUGCGCUGUCAACUUCGAUCGCGUGCAACAGAUGAUGAUGGCGCUGAACCAGACGACGACAUCGACUCGAACGAUCCCGACAACCCUCCGACUCUGACCCAGACAAGUGCACGAUGUCAACCUUCUCCUCCUGCCGGGAAUACUGCACCGCGCUGCCCACCACCACGUCCUGCACGAGCACAUGCGAUAACGUCGUCGGAUGUGACACAACCGGCACCGAGAUUGCAGUAACCAUCACACCCGCAUCCGCCACCAUCGCGGGCCUGACAGAGAACUGGCAGGGCGACGGCGAUGCGAACCUGGAUAGCGUCGCCUUGUCGGUUAUCAGCUUCCUCGGCGCGAUCGGCGACUUUGGCAGCGCGUCCCCCUCACCAACCGCAACAAACAUCCUCAACAUCCCGGCGCCGCAGCCCUCGAACGCGGCCGAAUACGACACGUACAUGUAUGUCGCGGCGAACGUGUGCUCCGGCGCCAGCCCGGCCAAGUACGGGCACUGGGUCAUCACCAGCGGCGUGGCGGGGCUGGUGUGCGGCGAGUUCUUCAACCGGAUCGAAGCGGCUAUCGAGUUUGAGGAACCGCUGGAGGAGAACCUAGUCGACUAUGCCAGCUGUGCGGGCGUCGGCGUCAGCUGGGCGAAUCUGUUCGCGUGGAAUUUCAAGGCAUCGAAUGACAAUGAUUAG